ACAAAACCUUUAUAGCUCUACAGUCAGAUCAAAACAAUAUUCCAUUUGGAAGGUAAUCAUUUUAUUUAUCUUCAUGUUCAGCUAUUACACAAGCUAAAGCUAGUACAGCCGGUAAACAACCUAAUAUUAGUACUAUGUUCUCCACUAAAAACGAAACAGAAAACCCAAGUUUUGGAGCUUUAAGCUUGUGCAACGAAAUUCCAGCUGGUCUGGUGGGGAGGCUUCAAAUAAACAUGACGGUUGUGGAUUUGGAGAAAAUAGCCCAGGAAAACUUGAAAAUAAAGGUUGGGGGGAAAUAUAAACCAGAGAACUGUGAAUCCAGAUCAAAAGUAGCGAUCAUAGUUCCAUACAGAUCACGUGAUGAUCAACUUAAAGUCUUCCUGCGACAAUUGCAUCCUUUCCUCCAGAGACAAGAACUAGAAUACGGGAUAUAUAUUAUAAAUCAGGUGUGGCAUAUAGACAAGAGACAAGAGACAAGAACUAGAAUACGGGAUAUAUAUUAUAAAUCAGGUGUGGCAUAUAGACAAGAGACAAGAGACAAGAACUAGAAUACGGGAUAUAUAUUAUAAAUCAGGUGUGGCAUAUAGACAAGAGACAAGAGACAAGAACUAGAAUACGGGAUAUAUAUUAUAAAUCAGGUGUGGCAUAUAGACAAGAGACAAGAGACAAGAACUAGAAUACGGGAUAUAUAUUAUAAAUCAGGUGUGGCAUAUAGACAAGAGACAAGAGACAAGAACUAGAAUACGGGAUAUAUAUUAUAAAUCAGGUGUGGCAUAUAGACAAGAGACAAGAGACAAGAACUAGAAUACGGGAUAUAUAUUAUAAAUCAGGUGUGGCAUAUAGACAAGAGACAAGAGACAAGAACUAGAAUACGGGAUAUAUAUUAUAAAUCAGGUGUGGCAUAUAGACAAGAGACAAGAGACAAGAACUAGAAUACGGGAUAUAUAUUAUAAAUCAGGUGUGGCAUAUAGACAAGAGACAAGAGACAAGAACUAGAAUACGGGAUAUAUAUUAUAAAUCAGGUGUGGCAUAUAGACAAGAGA